AUGGAUCAAGUCACUAUUCCAGAAGAUGCGAAUACCAACUGUCCAGGAACAAACGCUGACGCGGCAGGCAAGGUUCCUGCCUGUACGGGGUGUCCAAACCAGGGUGCUUGCGCGGCAGCUUCACACGGUGUACAUUCAGACGUGGUCGCUAUUCGCGACCGCCUCGAAUCUGUAAGACACAAAAUUCUCAUUCUGUCAGGCAAGGGGGGCGUCGGGAAAAGUACUUUUGCUGCACAGCUAGCAUACGCUCUUUCGUCGCGGAAUUACCGCGUCGGUCUCCUUGAUGUUGACAUAUGUGGGCCAUCGGUUCCUCUGCUGUUCGGCCAAGAAGGAAAGGAUGUGCACAGGUCUAAUAGCGGUUGGUCACCAGUCUUCGUAACGGAUAAUCUGUCUCUAAUGUCUAUCGGGUUCUUAUUGCCGAAUGCUGAUGAUGCAGUUAUUUGGCGAGGCCCUAGGAAGGAUGGCCUAAUAAAACAGUUUUUGAAAGACACCGAGUGGACAGAUCUAGACUUUUUGAUCGUAGAUGCCCCGCCCGGGACUUCUGAUGAGCAUCUUAGCGUCGUUCAGCACAUGAAGCUUGCCGGCAUAGACGGGGCGAUAAUAAUUACCACACCUCAAGAGAUGGCGCUUGCAGAUGUGCGGAAAGAAAUAAAUUUUUGCAAAAAAGUUGGGAUCAACAUACUUGGCGUUGUUGAGAAUAUGAGCGGGCUAAAUUUACCGAUGAACUGUGCUCAGGUAAUGUUUACCUCGGCGGAGAACGGAUCCGACAUCACAUUGAAAGUCCGCGACGCGAUCCAAAAGAAUUUUCCAUCUGGUUUCACAGCUUCCUCUGCAAACGUUCAUUUCGAACCAAGUUCCAUACGGAUCCAAAUUGACGUUUUUCCAGCAUCGCGAGGAGGAGCCUUGAAGAUGUGUGAACGCGCCGGUGUUGAAUAUUUGGGAAGCAUCCCCCUCGAUCCCGCAAUUGCAGUCGCAUCAGAAAAAGGGCUUUCCCUCUUUUCAAAAGCUGAAGUAUCUGACAAGGACUUGUCAGAUGCUCCUAUUCAAGAUUUCGCGUCCCUCACAUCCUUAAACAGUAUAAUUGAUGCCCUUCUUUUGCAGUUGAACGAGGGAAAGAAUCGAUAA